AUGGGCUGUGUGCAAUGUAAGGAUAAAGAAGCAACAAAACUGACUGACGAGAGGGAUGGCAGCUUAACUCAAAGCUCAGGCUACCGCUAUGGGACAGAUCCCACUCCGCAGCACUAUCCUAGCUUUGGUGUGACUUCAAUCCCAAACUACAACAACUUCCAUGCCACAGGAGGCCAAGGACUGACUGUGUUUGGUGGAGUCAAUUCCUCCUCUCAUACAGGGACGCUGCGUACAAGAGGAGGAACAGGUGUAACUCUUUUUGUGGCGCUUUAUGACUAUGAAGCAAGAACAGAAGAUGACUUGAGUUUUCACAAAGGAGAAAAAUUUCAAAUACUUAACAGCUCGGAGGGAGACUGGUGGGAGGCCCGGUCCUUGACAACAGGCGAAACUGGUUACAUUCCCAGUAAUUAUGUGGCUCCAGUUGAUUCCAUCCAAGCAGAGGAGUGGUACUUCGGCAAACUUGGCCGAAAAGAUGCUGAGAGGCAGCUGUUGUCAUUUGGAAACCCCAGAGGUACCUUCCUGAUCCGGGAAAGCGAAACUACCAAAG